AUGUCCGUGUACCAGGCUGUCAUCAACGGCGCCGCGGCAGCGGUAAAGUGGGUGGUCGGCGACGUCAGCGGCCAUGUGGGCAUCCUGAUGCGCGUCAACUACUCCUGCCUCGUCCGCCUCUUGGCCCUCUGCGUCCACCGCGGUGAUACCUACCUUGUCUUCGAGUUCACCGAGAACGGCGCGCUCAGCGACUGGCUCCACGGCCGCUGCGGUGGCGGUGGCUGCGGCAGCACCCUCCGGUGGAGGCAGCGUGUCAACUUCCUCCUCGACGGCGACCUCCGCACCAAGGUGUCCAGCUUCAGGCUCGCACACGCGGUCGUCGCGGUCGACGGUGGCGCGCAACUCACGCUCCACGUCGUGGGCACGCAGGGGUACCUCACCCCCGAGUACCUCGAGCAUGGCCUCAUCACUCCCAAGCUCGACGUGUUCGCCUUCGGGGUCAUCCUCCUUGAGCUGCUGUCCAGGAAGGAGGCCGCGUUCGCGGACGCCGAGAUGGAUGAGGAGAUGCUGUUGUGGGAGGCCGCGGAGGAGGCGCCGCGUAGGGGAGCAGCGUGGCCGUCGCGCUGCUGCGCCACCGGGCGGCCCGAGGGAGACCACGCCCGCCGCUACGUCCACCUCGCCUCCCACGACCUCGCCCUCGCCGCCAGGCUCGUCCGCCACUCCCCGCACCACCAGCGGCGGUCCCUCCUCCCCAACAGCGGCAGGAUCAAGCACGCCCUCAGGGUGGUCGCGGUCUGUUGCUACGAACGAGUCGUGGCCCGGCCAUACUGCAGCACCAGCGGAGGCCCGCGCACGAACGUCCGCACGACGCGCAUGCCGCUCACGACGCAGCGUGGAGGCAUGCUCACCUAG